UUGAAUGAGUGUGUGUCACUCCAUCCAUGUCCUAAGGAAUCAUCCUGUAUUAACCUACCAGGGUCUCAUACCUGCUCCUGUCUGAGAAACAGCACAUUAUGCAGAAGGAUAGCUCUGACGGAGGGCAAUCUGUUUCCCUAUGGAGAUGAUGUCGGGGAUAAUGUAGUAAACAUAGACACAGAAGAUGGAAAUUCUCCAUAUAUCACACCACCAAUGGGCUUCCCCUUCAUGGGGAAAUUGUACGACAGGAUUUAUUUUUCUGAUAAUGGGCUUGUCCAGUUUCAAUCUGUUGUUGAGAAUGAGCAGUAUCUCCUCCCGUCUCCUUUCGCCAGUGGUUUCCCUGACGACAUGAACUUGACUUUGUUAGCUGUGUUCUGGGAUGAUGCAGAUCUCACCCAAGGGAAAGGACGGCUCCUCUAUCAGGAAUACCACACACGGAAUCUGUCAGAUGUCUACUCCCAGGUAGUGGUUAAUCGUACGGCUGAGGAAGUAACAAAAUUUGAGCGCCUGAAAAACAAGCCAGCUUUUACCCCUGCCUGGAUCCUGAAAAUCACGUGGCACAAUGUGAUGCCUGUCUCCUUCCAGAAGGUCAACUUCUCAGAGAGCAACACUUUCCAGUGUAUCCUGACCACAGAUGGAGCACGUUCCUUUGCCCUCCUGCGAUACGGGGAGAUGAAAUGGGACCCAGGUCAGAGAAAAUACCACGAUGCUCUUAUCGGCUACACAAAUGGAAAGCUGUCCAUCAAGGAAAUCCCAGUCCCUCCUGAAAACCUCUUUGGCCCUGGGGGAAGAUACAGGCCUCAGCAAGGCCGACGGGGUCAGACGUAG